CUGGUAUCGUACUAUUCACUUCCUCUUGAACACGAAAAGAAAAGCUGCCGAAUGGGUAAAAAUACGUUAAUCGCGAUUCGUGUACCUUAUUUGGAAACUAUUACAAAGUAUUUGUCUACCGUAUCAAAGGUAGCGGAACGGCUGAGUGAGAAUCGCAAUAAUAGACUAUAUAUUUGGGUAUGCAGUCCUGAAUUAAAAGAAGAAAGGAAUGAACGUAUUUUUUUCAAGCUUUCGAAAGCUUUAAGUGAACUAUAUCUCUGCUCAAUUACUACCAAAGACCCUUCUAUUUUCAAUGUCGUUCCUACUGUCGUUUUAUUCGAAGAUUGGUCUGGAUAUUCUGUUCAAGAAAUCUCGAAUCUAUGUGAUACCAUUUACUGCACUAAAAAUUAUGAUGGCUUAAUCUCGAAAUCAAAUACUGAAGUACUCGAUAUCGAGGCCGAAGUGCUUGAAGGUCGUGAGCUUGAACAGAGCUUCGUGGAGAUUGAAAAUGAGGAAAAGAAAAUAAGCAAUCGUAUUGCAGCUGUUGGAGGGACGUUUGACCAUUUACAUGUCGGUCAUAAAGUUCUACUUACAUUAUCUGCAUGGAUUGGGAUAGUUAAAGUUUAUGUUGGUGUUUCUGGAAAUGAAUUACUCUUGAACAAAAUAGAGAGAGCGUAUUUAGAAAGUAUUGAAGUGAGGAAAAAUUCCGUUUAUGAUUUCCUUCAUUCAAUAAAAAAAAAUAUUCAAUCCGAAAUUGUAACUAUAAACGAUCCUUUCGGCCCUACUAUAACAACUCGCGAGAUUGACAGUUUGCUCGUUUCUGAAGAAACUGUCAAAGGUGCGGAUGCUGUACAGAUGGAACGAAGAAAAAGAGGAUUGCCUGAACUAGAUAUUUAUUGCAUCGAUAUUCUUAAUUUUGCACGUACUACAAUGCCUGAAAAUAGUGAUCCUAUAAAACUUAGUUCAACAGCUAUAAGAAAAGAGUUAGCUAAGAAUAACUUCUAAGAAUAAUAUAACCGUCAAUUUUCCAAUU